AUGCCUGUGACAAAGCCUCCCCAACACCUCAAGGCGUCUCAACGUGAGACACACACAGCGGGACACGACUAUAGUAACAAAGCCUCCCAAACUUCUCAAUGCGACACACACACAACGGCACACGACUACAGUGGCAAAGCCUUACAGAAAUCACAACGCGAGACACACACAGCGGAACACGACUUCAGUGAAAAGCCUCCCCAACAUCUCAACGCGAGACACACACAGCAGAACAUCACUACAACACACACAGCAGAACACGACUACAGUGACAAAGCCUCCCCAACAUUUCAACACGAGACACACACAGCGGAACACGACUUCAGUGACAAAGCCUCCCCAACAUCUCAACGCGAGACACACACAGCGGAACACGACUUCAGUGGCAAAGCCUCCCCACCAUCUAAACGCGAGACACACACAGCAGAACACGACUACAGUGGCAAAGCCUCCCCACCAUCUAAUCGCGAGACACACACAGCAGAGCACGACUACAGUAACAAAGCCUCCCCACCAUCUGAUCGCGAGACACACACAGCAGAGCACGACUACAGUAACAAAGCCUCCCCACCAUCUAAACGCAAGACACACACAGCGGAACACGACUACAGUGACAAAGCCUCCCCAACAUCUCAACGCGAUACACACACAGCAGAACACGACUACAGUGACAAAGCCUCCCCAACAUCUAAACGCGAGACACACACAGCAGAACACGACUACAGUGACAAAGCCUCCCCAAAAUCUCAACGUGAGACACACACAGCUGAACACGACUACAGUGACAAAGCCUCCCCACCAUCUAAACGCGAGACACACACAGCGGAACACGACACUAAUAACAAAGCCUCCACAACAUCUCAACGCGAGACACACACAGCGGAACACGACUUCAGUGGCAAAGCCUCCCCACCAUAUAAACGCGAUACACACACAGCAGAACACGACUACAGUGACAAAGCCUCCCCAACAUCUAAACGCGAGACACACACAGCAGAACACGACUACAGUGACAAAGCCUCCCCAAAAUCUCAACGUGAGACACACACAGCUGAACACGACUACAGUGACAAAGCCUCCCCACCAUCUAAACGCGAGACACACACAGCGGAACACGACACUAAUAACAAAGCCUCCACAACAUCUCAACGCGAGACACACACAGCGGAACACGACUUCAGUGGCAAAGCCUCACCACCAUCUAAACGCGAGACACACACAGCAGAACACGACUACAGUGGCAAAGCCUCCCCACCAUCUAAUCGCGAGACACACACAGCAUAA